AUGUACCGAACAUCCUCAAACUUUUCUGAUGAAAAACACACGCAGUUUUACUACAGCGUUGAAACCGACGGGGUGAUGUUAUCUGUUAAUUUCAUUAAACGUAGGGAUCGAGUCUUGGGACAGAAAGCGCUCGUGAUUUGCGUCGAUGAAUACCUGACUAGCAAAGUUUGCAGUCAAUGUGAUUCCACGACAGUCGACGUGGGAGAUGAACAGCUUCGCGUCUGUAAUCGCAAUUCGGAAUGUCCAGCAAGAAGACCUGCAGGUCGCCGGAUGGCAAAGCAUCGUUUACCCGGCUCGUCCCCAGUGUGUGUCAGAAAACGAUAUUUCCAAUCCGCUGAUCUGGAAUCGGGUAUCAAUGCUGGUAUCAAUAUCGACGCAUCUUACAGCGGUACAUCCAGUCAUGGUAUCGACUCGAUUCUCGACCGGUCGCCUUGCAACGACCUCAGCGCACAUUUACUGCGCUCGGCGGUGAAGGCCCCGCUAACUAGCCUCUUGUUAGGUCCGCGUGCUCGUAAUUUCUCCUAA